AUGCUCUUCAAACGCCAGUCUUCAAAGAUUCACCGCCCACAAUGCUCGCAAGGUCUCAGGCAGCGGAAGAUAGUGUUUUGUGAUUGGGGGUUCCAUGGUCGAGCGGGAAACGACGGCUGGACAUUCACUUAUGUGGACGAAGUCGACUUUGAUCCUGAAGAGGACUUGAGAUUGUACAACAAGACAGACCCGAAUGACUGUGGGGAAAUCCUGUCGAAAUUCGUCAAGAAACAGCUCCGUAAGAACUCUCGACUCAAAGAGUCCCAAGGAUGGCGGUUCAUUUGUCUGAUUGAUGACGGCCAGAGACGACAAUUGCCUGUGCAGCGGCGGGAUAGGACGCCGAGAACCAUGCUCCUCUUUGAAAGGGAUGUCUCCUGUCCUUGCGAUGGCAGACAGCAUCAAAUGAGAGAGUCGAAAAUCCACUCAUCAGAGGAAUCCGACGGCGAGAAGCGCUCCAGUAUUUCGAAGUGCGAGUAUACGAUAUCCGACCCGCCGCCACAAUACCGAAGUCGCCUGUCUACUCUGGACACCUUGGUCGAAGAAGACCAUAUCUCUGUGGGCCACAAAGUGUGA